ACUCCAUACUCUGUAGAGGUUAUCAGAUAAAAGCAGUCAUACGACUUUGGAGGCAUACACUACGUACCAGUUGACUGCUUGCUCAACCCACCGCCAGAUAGUCUCAUAUCUCAGUUGAGUAGUUGGCUAGCUGGUUAGUUAGCCAUCACAUCUUAUUAGUCAGCGAAUUAGAGACCUAGAUCUUUACUUCGAAAUACCAAUUAUCCAAUGCAAUCUGCCCUAUAGUUAUCUGGAGAUAUGCCAUGCGGCGGGGGAACCGGCCCUGCUACGUCAUCACACCGCAGAAUCCCUGCGAGCGUGGUAAUUUAUGGGCCCGCUGAUGCUCUAUAAAUACGGGGUGGACUGCUCUGCGUGUCUGCAUGUUAUUAUCAUGGGCUACUCCGUAGCUAUCGGUGCUCUGUAUCUGUGCAUUGUUUGUCAACACUUCUGCGAUGUCAGGACCAUCCAAGUUCCAGCACCUGCCUCGGGCUGCAUUUGGGUCUUUGACUUGCCCAUAUGAGGGUACGGAGCUGUUGCUCUCUUCGACGUACAACAAAGGAUCUGCCUUUCCAGACGAAGAGCGGGAUGAGUUCAAGCUAUACGGCUUGCUACCACCGAAUAUCCAGACACUAGACGAACAAGUCCAGCGGGCCUAUGAGCAAUAUAGUAGCCGUCAUGACGAGUUGGCUAAGAACACCUUUAUGGCAAGCAUGAAGUCUCAGAAUGAAGUUCUGUACUACAAGCUCCUGCAAACACACUUGAAAGAGAUGUUCAGUGUCAUCUAUACCCCUACUGAGGGGGAUGCAAUUCAGAACUACUCGCGCCUGUUCCGGAAACCAGAGGGCUGCUUCCUGAAGAUCACUGACCAAGAUCGGAUCGACGAGUGCCUGGCUAAUUUCGGCCAGGGCGAAAACGUCGAUUACAUAGUUGUCAGCGAUGGAGAAGAGAUCUUGGGAAUCGGUGACCAAGGCGUCGGAGCCAUCUUGAUAUCAGUCGCCAAGUUGGUACUCACCACCUUGUGCGCGGGGAUUCACCCUUCGAGACAGCUUCCUGUGGUUUUGGACUGUGGUACGAAUAACGAGAGGUUGCUAAAUGAUGAACUAUAUCUUGGUCUACGUCAGCCUCGAGUCCAGGGGAAAGAAUACGAUGAGUUCGUGGACAAAUUUGUACAGGCUGCUAGGAAGCGAUUCCCCAACGCAUAUAUUCACUUUGAAGACUUUGGUCUGCACAACGCGAAGCGGAUCCUCGAUAAAUACCGGUCCCACAUUGCGUGUUUCAAUGACGAUAUUCAAGGGACGGGAUGUGUGACGCUGUCUGCGGUCCUGGCCGGUCUUCACGUCAGUAAAGUGAAACUAGAGGACGUUCGAAUUAUCAUCUUUGGAUCUGGCUCUGCUGGUACCGGUAUCGCAGAUCAAAUUGCAGAUGCUAUUUCCACCGAGAUCAAGAAAUCCAAGAAAGAAGCAUCUAAGCAGAUAUGGUGUCUCGAUAAACCCGGCCUCUUGCUCAAGUCCCACGGCGACAAGCUUACCCCGGCCCAGAUACCAUUCGCAAGGGAUGACGAUGAGUGGCCGCAAGGAGAGAAGCUGGACUUGCUCUCUGUCGUCUCUAGAGUCAAGCCUCAUGUUUUGAUCGGCACGUCGACAAAACCUGGCGCUUUCACAGAGGAGAUCAUCAGGGAGAUGGCAAAGCACGUUGACCGGCCCAUUGUCCUUCCGUUGAGUAACCCAACGCGCCUGCACGAGGCUCGACCGAAGGAUAUCAACGAGUGGACUGAAGGUCGAGCAUUGAUAGCGACGGGCAGUCCAUUCCCCCCGGUUGAAUACAACGGGGUGACAUAUGAAAUUGCGGAAUGUAAUAAUUCCACCUGCUUCCCUGGUAUCGGUCUUGGAGCGGUCCUGUCUCGGACACGUCUGCUGUCUGACAAGAUGCUGGUUGCCGCUGUCAAGGCCCUGUCUGCGCAGUCGCCGGCGUUCAAGGAUCCGAACAAGCCCCUCUUGCCCGACGUCGAGAAUGUGCGUGAGAUCAGCGUGGAGAUUGCCAAAGCAGUCAUCCAGUGUGCCGUGCAGGAGGGACUUGCGCAGCAGGAGGGAAUACCUUCCGACGAGAAGGAGCUUGAGGAAUGGAUCCGGGUCCAGAUGUGGGAUCCUGUAUAUAGACCAUUACAGAGAUGACUGACUGACUCAGUCGACUGACUUGACUUGACUUGACUGUCUGAUAUGUUUUACAUUAUGGACUGCACAGUAUGACUAUAGGCUCAUCAACUCUCACCACGACUUUCC